AUGACUUCGAACCUCGAGGUAGACGACACAUGGAUGUGGCAUCCGGAGUUUAAAGAAGAUAGAAAAGACACCGCCGGACUUUUCGUCCCAUUCCGCAGGAGUGUCUACAUUGAUGGAGAGACGCCGAAGUAUACGACUUUGCACAUCACUGCCGAUACGAGAUACAAACUAUAUGUUAAUGGUGUAUCUGUUAUGUAUGGGCCCGUAAAGGGUGAUGAAAACUCUGGUUCUACGAUGAGAUUGACAUUGCACCGAAAGAACGACAUUUUGGUGGUCGUAUUGCGAUUCUUUCAUGCCACUCAAUAUGCUACCUCAUUCCCUCGGCUCCCCAGUGGCGGCUUGAGGAUCCUGGUACCUGAGCCUACCUUAUCCUGGGAGAAGGAUUUAAGGAGCGGCGAGCUUUGGGAGACUGCCAUUGAUCCUGGAAGAAUUCUCCGGAUAGAUGAGCCUGAGGAUGACUUCCUUCAUGUUUAUGAAGAGAUCAAACGCCUCCAGGGUGUGGAAUUGGAAUGGGUUCCAGCCAAGCUGCUUCGGUACCAUAUUACAACAGGGAAUGUGACUCCCUGGAAACUGUCCCCCAGAAUGAUCCCCCAUCUAAAAAUCGAAAAUGGGGCCUUCAGCGCUGUUCACAAUGUGAAAAGCAGUCUGACAACUGCUGUGUGGGAAGAAUGGUUACAAAGCCUUGCGACGCAGCCUUCGUGCAUAAAGCUCCCUCCAAGAUCAUCUCAUCGGGUUGAUUUUUGA